AUGGAAUUUAAUGCACAAAAGAAUGUGUUUGAAUUAGUAAAACUAUCUUUUCCAUAAUACACAGAAGAAAAUACAUUAAUCAAUUGUAAGAAUUAUUUAUGUAGGAUUUUGAAUCUAAAAACUAAAUAUUAAGUAUUAGAUGAUAUCAUAAUAGAGAAGGAAAUAAAUGAAAAUGAGAAUAAAGUACUUUAAAUGAGAUUACGAGAAUGCUUCACAAAACUACUGAAAUCUAAAAUUUAAAAAAAUUAAGAAAUAAUUCAUUUUAUACUCAGAGUAAGUUAAUUAGGAAAAUAAGAAAUCUCGAACAACAGUUAAGAAUAGCUAUUUUUUGAAAAUUCAAAUAUCAUUAAGUCGUCUAUCGAUAUUGAAAAUCAAUAGACAACUAAUCAAACUAUCAACAAACUAGAUAAUAGUUUAAUCACAAGUAUAAUACUAGAAAAAUAAUAAAAUAGUAUUACGUAGGAGGUGAAUGACAAAGAUUUAAUGAAGGAUAUACUAUUUUGUCUUUAGGGAAUUGAAGGCUAAUAUAUUCAGUAUGAUGCAUCAUCAGAUUCAUUUUGCCUAAGGAAAGAUGUUAAUAUUUCAAUAUCAGUACGACAACUAGUAAACUUGAUUUCUGAAUGCGGAUGGUUAUACAAGAAGAUUUCCUCUUUUUGUCAGGUCCAAUAACCAAACCUGAUAGUCUAAGCACUUCAAAAUGUAAUCAAAUUAGAAUUAUCAGAAUAUUAUAAAUUGAUUGCAAAUCUUGAAGGCAUGAUCCUGUCUUCAUAAUUAAUCACAUUUAAGAGAAUUCACUUUCAUCUCCAAUCCUCUUAUGACUACAUGAUAUAAAUAAAUCAAUUACUUUCAAUUAUUCAAACUAGUACUCCCCUUGGAGCUACAUCUUGUUUAAUUAUUAAUGUUUUAGAUCAAUUUUCAAAGCAUGGAUGCUCUCAAAUGGCAGAACUAUUCGCACGUCUACAGAAAGCAAGUUGCUAGCCAUUAAUGAAGUAUAUAAAUGAAUGGAUCUUUGAAGGGAAUCUACUGGAUAUAGCGAAUGAAUUCUUUAUAGAAAAGGAUGAUUAAAAGGCAAUAACUAAGGAUUAAGGAGAAUUAUGGAGAAAAUAAUAUAGGAUUAAUUAUGAUAAGGUCCCAGUUGUUAUUUCUUAUGAUGAGGCGUAUAAAAUCUAUGACACUGGUAGAGCUAUAAAUUGGUUGAGAAUAUAAUGUGAUAAUAGGAAUUGGUAUCUAAAAAUUUAGCCAUUAACCAUCAAUAUUCUUUAGACCAAGGAAUUAUCUUAGUUGAUAAAUUAAGCUAACAAAAAGACAAAUACUGAAUUAGUUAAUUUACUAUUUGGUAAAUUCAAAUUAAUGGAUCAUUUCAAUAUUAUUAAAUAGUACUUCCUUUUGGGUAACGGUAAUUUCUCUCAAUUAUUGAUUGAAACCCUAUAUAAGGAGUUAUCAAAAAAAGGUAACUUAGUUUAUAAACAUACUUUGACUGGGUUAGUUGAAUCUACACUCAGAAUGAGCAAUGCAAAGUAGAUAGUAUUAUAGAGAUUGUCAGUUAAAUUGUUGGAGGCCCAAAAAAAUGAUAUAGGUUGGGACAUCUUUUGUUUAGAUUAUGAAUUUGAAGAACCACUGAGAACAUUAUUUAAUCGCAAGACUAUGCUCAAUUAUUAUAAAAUAUUCAAUUAUUUAUGGCGUAUUAAAAGAGUGGAAUACACUCUAAUCUAAUCAUGGAUGUAAUAAAUUAAAAACAAAUGUUACUUAAACGUUAAGUCAAAUGUAAAUAAGGCUCUUCAUUUGAGUUUGUAAAUCAUGAAUUCAAUGAUCCAUUUCAUUAAAAGUUUCUUUAGUUACUUGAUGUUAGAUGCAAUUGAAGCUCCUUGGAAAAAGUUCAUGGAUUAAAUUAAUUAAAUAGAAAAUUUAGAUCAUCUCAUUCAAUUACAUGAACAACUGUUGAAUGAAAUUAUUGAUAAAGUAUUCUUGAAUUAAAAACAAGAAUAAAUUCAGAUAAUCUUACUGAAACUAUUCGAAAUUUCAUUCAGAUAUAAAUAGAAUUUAGAGCAUCUAUUUCUGUAUGUGAGAGAAUUGAUGGCUAAGGAUAGAAGUGAUAGGUUUGAGUAAUCAAUGGAUCCAAGAGUAUCACAUAAAACUACAUCAACUUAUAGUAUCAAUAUUGAUCCAGAGUUUAAAGGAUAAGAAAUUAUUAAAUUAUUAUUGCAAUUAAGAUAAAUGCAUAAAGAGUAAAUAUUAGAAUUGAUUAAGCAACUAUAAAACGAAGAAAAAAUGAAGUUUUUAUUAUUGAAACUUGAUUUCAAUGAGUACUACAACUUAUUAUCAUAAGAAAAACUGUUUUCAUUAGGUUUUGAAAAAUUUUUACAAUAAUGUCCAAUCCAAAUAAAUGAAACUGUUUGCCAGAAACAAAUAUCUGAACAGCCUCAAAGUUAAUUAUUAAAACCUUCUAUUCCACAAUUAAAUCAAAAGUCAAUGACCUUUAUUUAGCAAGAUGAUAUUUAGAUUAAUGAAGGAAUAAACCAUUUAGAAGAAUAAAAAAAAUAGAAAAAACUAAAGUCAAAAUAAUAGAUAUAAACAAUGUAAAAAGAAGCAACUUCUGAGUUAUAAAAUCCUAUGUCCAAACUUCCUAUGCCAUUUCCAUAACCAUAAUAACCUAUAAUUACUAUGAGUCCGAUUAAUCAAUAAUCUUUAUCGGAUAGUAAUAUUCUCCAAUCUUAAUCUUUAAAGAGCGUCUAAUAAUAGUUUUCAUAAAAAAUUCUACAAUAGACAUAAAUAAACCAUACUAUGCAAUAGUUGCAAUAACAAUAAUAAUAAUAGAUGUAACAACAAUAACAUUACGUACAAUUAUAAUCAAAAGCUAAACCUUAAUUAUCCAGAAAAUCCAUUGCUCCAACAUCAUAAAUAUACUAGAUCUAGCCUUCAGCUCAACCAAAUUUUAAUAAUUCUAUCCUCAUUUUCCAAAAUCAGAGCUAAUCUUAGAUUAGUGUUUUAUAACCUAGUAGAAAUGAUAUGUCAUUAUCAUAAGAUGAAAACUUACAAUAAUUAAUGGAUAAAGAUUUUUGUUUUCACGAUAAUAAUAAAGAUGGAGAUUUAAUUUGA